AUGGCUGGGGCCUCGGUGAAGGUGGCGGUGCGUGUCCGCCCCUUCAAUUCCCGAGAGAUGAGCCGCGACUCCAAGUGCAUCAUCCAGAUGUCAGGAAGCACCACCACCAUCGUGAACCCCAAGCAGCCCAAGGAGACGCCCAAGAGCUUCAGUUUUGACUACUCCUACUGGUCCCACACCUCGCCCGAGGACAUCAACUACGCCUCGCAGAAGCAGGUGUACCGGGACAUCGGCGAGGAGAUGCUGCAGCACGCCUUCGAGGGCUACAACGUGUGCAUCUUUGCCUACGGGCAGACAGGGGCAGGGAAGUCCUACACCAUGAUGGGCAAGCAGGAGAAGGACCAGCAGGGCAUCAUCCCACAGCUCUGUGAAGACCUCUUCUCCCGAAUCAACGACACAACUAAUGACAACAUGUCCUACUCCGUGGAGGUCAGCUACAUGGAGAUUUACUGUGAGCGUGUCCGUGACCUCCUGAACCCCAAGAACAAGGGCAACCUGCGCGUGAGGGAGCAUCCGCUGCUGGGGCCCUAUGUGGAGGACCUUUCCAAGCUGGCCGUCACCUCCUACAAUGACAUCCAGGACCUCAUGGACUCGGGGAACAAGGCCAGGACGGUGGCGGCCACCAACAUGAACGAGACCAGCAGCCGCUCUCACGCCGUCUUCAACAUCAUCUUCACCCAGAAGCGCCAUGACGCAGAGACCGACAUAACCACCGAGAAGGUCAGCAAAAUCAGCCUGGUGGACCUGGCCGGCAGUGAGCGGGCGGACUCCACGGGGGCCAAGGGCACGCGCCUCAAGGAGGGAGCCAACAUCAACAAGUCCCUGACCACCCUGGGGAAGGUCAUCUCUGCCCUGGCUGAAAUGGACUCUGGGCCCAACAAGAACAAGAAGAAGAAGAAGACAGACUUUAUCCCCUACCGGGACUCCGUGCUGACCUGGCUGCUSCGCGAGAACCUGGGUGGCAACUCGAGGACCGCCAUGGUGGCCGCCCUGAGCCCUGCGGACAUCAACUAUGACGAGACGCUCAGCACGCUGAGGUACGCGGACAGGGCCAAGCAGAUUCGCUGCAACGCCGUCAUCAAUGAAGACCCCAACAACAAGCUGAUCCGGGAACUGAAGGAUGAGGUGACGCGGCUGCGGGACCUGCUUUACGCCCAGGGCCUGGGUGACAUCACCGACACCAACACUGUGCCCGGAGGACCCAAAUUGACCAACGCCCUGGUGGGCAUGAGCCCCUCAUCCUCGCUCUCGGCUCUGUCCAGCCGUGCCGCCUCCGUGUCCAGCCUCCAUGAGCGCAUCUUGUUUGCCCCGGGCAGCGAGGAGGCCAUUGAAAGACUGAAGGAGACAGAGAAGAUCAUCGCGGAGCUCAACGAGACCUGGGAGGAGAAGCUGCGGCGGACGGAGGCGAUUCGGAUGGAGAGGGAAGCACUGCUGGCUGAGAUGGGUGUGGCCAUGAGGGAGGACGGUGGCACCUUGGGUGUGUUCUCUCCCAAAAAGACUCCUCACCUUGUGAACCUGAACGAGGACCCGCUGAUGUCCGAGUGCCUCCUGUACUACAUCAAGGACGGCAUCACCAGAGUGGGCAGGGAGGAUGCCGAGAGGAGGCAGGACAUUGUCCUGAGCGGGCACUUCAUCAAGGAGGAGCACUGUGUCUUCCGGAGCGACUCCAGGGGAGGCAGUGAAGCCGUGGUGACCCUGGAGCCCUGUGAGGGGGCAGACACAUACGUCAAUGGCAAGAAAGUCACUGAGCCCAGCAUCCUGCGGUCAGGAAACCGCAUCAUCAUGGGUAAGAGCCACGUGUUCCGGUUCAACCACCCGGAGCAGGCCCGCCAGGAGCGGGAGCGCACGCCCUGUGCGGAGACGCCGGCGGAGCCUGUGGACUGGGCCUUUGCCCAGCGUGAGCUGCUGGAGAAGCAGGGCAUUGACAUGAAGCAGGAGAUGGAGCAGAGGCUCCAGGAGCUGGAAGACCAGUACCGCCGGGAGCGGGAGGAGGCCACCUACCUGCUGGAGCAGCAGAGGCUGGACUACGAGAGCAAGCUGGAGGCCCUGCAGAAGCAGAUGGACUCCAGGUACUACCCAGAGGUGAACGAGGAGGAGGAGGAGCCGGAGGACGAAGUGCAGUGGACAGAGCGCGAGUGUGAGCUGGCCCUGUGGGCCUUCCGGAAGUGGAAGUGGUACCAGUUCACGUCCCUGCGGGACCUGCUGUGGGGCAAUGCCAUCUUCCUCAAGGAGGCCAAUGCCAUCAGCGUCGAGCUCAAGAAAAAGGUCCAGUUCCAGUUUGUCCUCCUCACGGAUACCCUCUACUCCCCACUGCCRCCAGACCUGCUGCCCCCAGAGGCUGCCAGAGACCGGGAGACUCGGCCCUUCCCCCGCACGAUAGUGGCCGUGGAAGUGCAGGACCAGAAGAAUGGGGCCACCCACUACUGGACGCUGGAGAAGCUCAGGCAGCGCCUGGACCUGAUGCGCGAGAUGUACGACAGGGCCGCGGAGGUGCCCUCCAGCGUGGUGGAGGACUGCGACAACGUGGUGACCGGUGGAGACCCCUUCUAUGACCGCUUCCCCUGGUUCCGGCUGGUGGGCAGUCCAGUCAUCUCUGGCUGCAACAGCUACCCUCUUCUCAACACAUGCAUGAGCGAGCGCAUGGCUGGUCUCACCCCCUCCCCCACCUUCUCGAGCCCCGACUCCGACGCCACCGAGCCUGCCGAGGAGCAGAGCGUGGGGGAGGAGGAGGAGGAGGAGGAGGAGGAGGAGGAGGAGGAGGAGGAGGACCUGGAGGACGACGUCUUUCCGGAGCACUCGCUGUGCGACGGCCGGGACCCGUUUUACGACCGGCCCCCCCUGUUCAGUUUAGUAGGAAGGGCCUUCGUCUACCUGAGCAACCUGCUGUACCCSGUGCCUCUGGUGCACCGCGUGGCCAUCGUGAGCGAGAAGGGCGAGGUGAAGGGCUUCCUCCGCGUGGCCGUCCAGGCCAUCUCAGCUGACGAAGAGGCCCCUGAUUACGGCUCUGGUGUCCGCCAGUCAGGAACCGCUAAGAUCUCCUUUGACGACCAGCAUUUCGAGAAGUUUCAGUCUGAGUCCUGCCCCGGGGUGGGGAUGGCUCGCUCGGGGACCUCUCAGGAAGAGCUGCGCAUUGUGGAGGGCCAGGGCCAGGGCGCAGACRCAGGGCCCUCGGCCGACGAGGUGAACAACAAUACCUGCUCAGCAGUGCCCCCAGAAGGUCUCCUGCUGGACAGCCCUGAGAAAGCCGUCCUGGAUGGGCCCCUGGACACUGCCCUGGACCACCUCCGCCUGGGCAGCACCUUCACCUUCCGUGUGACCGUCCUGCAGGCCUCCAGCAUCUCUGCCGAAUACGCAGACAUCUUCUGCCAGUUUAACUUCAUCCACCGCCAUGAUGAGGCCUUCUCCACGGAGCCCCUGAAGAACACGGGCAGGGGCCCCCCCCUCGGUUUCUACCACGUCCAGAACAUCGCAGUGGAGGUGACCAAGUCCUUCAUUGAGUACAUCCGGAGCCAGCCCAUCGUGUUCGAGGUCUUUGGCCACUACCAGCAGCACCCAUUCCCGCCGCUCUGCAAGGAUGUGCUCAGCCCCCUGAGGCCCUCCCGCAGACACUUCCCCCGGGUCAUGCCACUGUCCAAGCCAGUGCCUGCCACCAAGCUCAGCACGAUGACACGGCCCUGCCCGGGCCCCUGCCACUGCAAGUACGACCUGCUGGUCUACUUUGAGAUCUGCGAGCUGGAGGCCAACGGGGACUACAUCCCUGCUGUGGUGGACCACCGUGGCGGCAUGCCCUGCAUGGGGACCUUCCUCCUCCACCAGGGCAUCCAGAGGCGGAUAACUGUGACGCUGCUGCAUGAGACGGGCAGCCACAUCCGCUGGAAGGAAGUGCGCGAGCUGGUCGUGGGUCGCAUCCGAAACACUCCAGAGACUGACGAGUCCCUGAUCGACCCCAACAUCCUGUCCCUCAACAUCCUCUCGUCUGGAUAUGUCCACCCAGCCCAGGAUGACCGGACCUUCUACCAGUUUGAGGCYGCCUGGGACAGCUCCAUGCACAACUCCCUCCUGCUGAACCGCGUCACGCCCUACAGGGAGAAGAUCUACAUGACCCUGUCCGCCUACAUUGAGAUGGAGAGCUGCACCCAGCCCGCCGUCAUCACCAAGGACUUCUGCAUGGUCUUCUACUCCCGCGACGCCAAGCUGCCGGCCUCACGCUCCAUCCGAAACCUGUUCGGCAGCGGGAGCCUGAGGGCCUCAGAGGGCAACCGAGUGACUGGCGUGUACGAGCUCAGCCUGUGCCACGUGGCGGACGCCGGCAGUCCAGGGAUGCAGCGGCGGCGCCGGCGGGUGCUGGACACCUCGGUGGCCUAUGUCCGGGGUGAGGAGAACCUGGCCGGCUGGCGGCCCCGGAGUGACAGUCUGAUCCUGGACCACCAGUGGGAGCUGGAGAAGCUGAGCCUCCUGCAGGAGGUGGAGAAGACCCGUCACUACCUGCUCCUGCGGGAGAAACUAGAGACCACCCAGCGGCCCGGCCCUGAGGUGCUGUCCCCCGUCUCCAGUGAGGACUGUGAGUCKCGAAGCUCCUCUGGCGCCUCCUCCCCACUGUCCGCCGAGGGCCGACAGUCGCCCCUGGAGGCACCCAGUGAGAGGCAGCGGGAGCUGGCAGUCAAGUGCUUACGUCUGCUCACGCACACGUUCAACAGAGAGUACACCCACAGCCAUGUCUGCAUCAGUGCCAGCGAGAGCAAGCUCUCUGAGAUGUCCGUCACCCUGCUGCGGGACCCGUCCAUGUCGCCUCUGGGAGCAGCCACGCUCACCCCGUCCUCCACCUGCCCCUCUCUGGUUGAAGGUCGCUACGGUACCCCCGACAUGCGGACCCCGCCRCAGCCCUGCUCCCGGCCAGCCAGCCCAGAGCCGGAGCCAGUGCCAGAGGCAGACUCCAAGAAGCCCCUGUCCCCUGCGCGGGCCACAGAGGCCGAUAAGGAGCCCCAGCGCCUGCUGGUCCCCGACAUCCAGGAAAUCCGAGUCAGCCCGAUCGUGUCCAAGAAGGGGUACCUGCACUUCCUGGAGCCGCACACAGCCGGCUGGGCCAAGCGCUUCGUGGUGGUCCGCCGCCCCUACGCCUACAUGUACAACAGUGACAAGGACACGGUGGAGAGGUUUGUGCUCAACCUCUCCACGGCCCAGGUGGAGUACAGCGAGGACCAGCAGGCCAUGCUCAAGACGCCCAACACGUUUGCGGUGUGCACAGAGCACCGGGGCAUCCUGCUGCAGGCCAACAGUGACAAGGACAUGCAUGACUGGCUGUACGCCUUCAACCCCCUCCUGGCGGGGACCAUCCGGUCCAAGCUCUCCAGGAGGAGGUCUGCACAGAUGAGGGUCUGAGCCAGAGCCUCCCACCAGCCAGCACCCGGCUGUCCCUCGCCCCAUCCCGUCUGUCCUGUCUGCCCAGCCUGCCCUGCCAGGGGGUGCCRGGCCUGGGCCGAGAGCCAGCUGUGCCCCAGGGAAGCCUGCACGAGUCCUUCUUUCUUCUUCCUCAGCCCCUGGGUGGGGAGAGCUGGGGAUCUGAGGGAGGCCAGAGGGCACAAGACCCCGUGUUGCCGCCAUUCUAAUAUUUUUUUAAGCAUAGACAGACUUAUAAUUAAUAUACAGUAGUUAGUGACGUGGAGACAGUCCUGAGAAUUUAACUAUAACUGUGUUCUAUUUAUGAGUAUUUAUUUCUAAUGCCUCCGAGUAGACCUGUAAGACCCAGCGGCCACCCUCCCUGUUUGUUCCCUCUGCGUCUCCAGCCUUAGGGGCAGA